UAAGCGUUACAGGUUUCUGUAGACUUCUGGGGACCAGCUGUCCGUCAGCCAGCAUACUGUCCUCAUAAGCUGAGGAAAGACUGCUGUGUGUUUUCUAAAAACAGGAAGUGUGGGUUUUGUAUAAAAAGUGAUGCUGGAGGCGUUUAGAUCAUCCUCUGAUCGGAUCAGAAUCUGGACAAGCAAACACCUCUCCGUCUGAACGCUCUUGAAUCUUUUUUCUUCCACGAACACUUUAAAAGAUGGCCCGAUCUUUUCGCAAAGGGAAUCUGGUGCCCUGCAAAAACCUUGACAUUGACAUCAAUGACUAUCGUGACUUUGAGCCAUUUGAAGGUGAAACCGAUGUCAUACCGAGGUCGAUGCCACCUGGAGUUGAGCCCCUGAUGGUUGUGGCUGUAGACAUGCAGAAACAAAGCAACGAGACCAACCACUACACCAUGGAGUACAUGACCGACCUCCUGGUGGUCCGUCGUGCUCAACAGUUUGCCAUCGGCGUCACCUUCAACCGUCCACUGGUGCCAUCUGACGAUUUCCAGCUGGAGUUUCUGAUUGGUUCUGACCCUAGCUCCAACAGUAAUACAAGGGUGGUGGUCACUUUCGGGAACCGUGGUGGUGGUGGUUCCUGGUCUGGAAAGAUCCUUGGAGCGAGUGGUGCGGUCGUGUCCCUCGGGAUCACACCGAAUCCCUCGGCCGUUGUGGGGUUGUAUCGUAUGUAUGUGGCCAUUGCCAAUGCAAACGGUAUGCGCCGAACCGAGAAGGACCCCAAAACCAACUUCUACUUGCUGUUCAACCCCUGGUCUCCAGAUGAUGAUGUGUUCUACCCGGAUGAAGCUGGACGUAUGGAGUACGUCAUGAAUGAAACUGGUCUGAUAUCUCAGGGUGCAGUGGGUUCUAUCUCUGACCGUGGCUGGGUCUACGGACAGUUCCAUGAGGGCAUUCUGGAUGCCUGUAUCUACCUCAUGGAUGCCUGCCGGAUGCCCGUCCAACAGCGUGGCGAUGUUAUCAAAAUGGUCCGGACUGCAUCUGCUUUGAUCAACUCUCAUGACGACAAUGGGGUGUUGGUUGGGAACUGGGGUGAAGACUUCUCCAUGGGAACGCCGCCAACUGCCUGGACAGGGAGCAUCCAAAUUCUACAGCAGUACCACAACACCGGAGCUCCUGUCUCAUAUGCUCAGUGCUGGGUGUAUGCUGGAGUCCUCAACACCUUCCUACGGUGCCUUGGGAUCCCAUCAAGGGUCGUCUCCAACUUCAACUCAGCCCACGAUAACAACGGCAACCUCAAGACUGAGCUCGUCUUCAAGAUGGAUGACACACCUGACCGAGAACGGACCAUCGAAUCCAUCUGGAACUUUCACGUCUGGAAUGAGGUCUUUAUAAAGCGCUCUGACCUCCCACCAAAGUACUCUGGAUGGCAGGUGGUGGACGCCACGCCCCAGGAGACCAGCGAUGGUUACUACCGCUGCGGUCCGGCCCCUGUCAUCGCCAUCCGGGAUGGGGAGCUGUGUUUCCCGUUUGACUUGGGCUUCGUCUUUGCUGAGGUUAACAGUGACGUCCAUUUUAUGAGAAGUGAUCGCUACGGCAACCUGACUCCAUACAAGGUGGACACAGAAUAUGUUGGAAAGGUCCUGUUAACUAAAGCUGUGGGCAUGAUGGCAUCCGAGGACAUCACAAGAACCUACAAGCACCCAGAAGGAAGUGCAGCGGAUGAGCAAACGAUGUCCAGAGCCGAGGAGUACGGAUGUUCACGAGAUUAUGCUGAUGUCCCUGCUUCUAAGAUAGACAUCAAGAUCUCAGCAAAGGCAGGUUUUGUGGGUGAUCCUGUGAAGGUUGCAGUAACUAUCCUCAAUCAAGGUGAACAGAGGAAAUCUGUGAUGGUGACGCUGGACAUCAGCACGGUCUACUACACUGGAGUUCCCUCAUCCGAUCCCAUCAGAGUUGGGAGCUUCGAUCUUGACGUGGAAGGCUUGCAGCAGGAAACUCGCACAUUUGAGAUUCCAGCUAAGGAUUACAUUCCUCAGCUGAAACCCAACAGCGGCCUGGAGAUCACUGCGACAGGACGAACCGAUGAUGAAACGGUGACGGAGGUCCAGAAGCUCGCCCUGAAGCCUCCUCCGAUGAACGUAGUGGUGACAGGGACAGCUAAGGUGAAUCAUGAGAUGUUUGCAGACGUUUCCUUCCAGAACAUCCUGAGCUUCCCCCUCACUAAUGCCAAGCUGUCCCUGGAAGGAGCUGGACUGAUGGAGCAAAGGGUGUUCCAAUACAAGACCAUCGCUUCUAUGGUUACUAUAUCCAAGAAGGUGGCUUUCACACCCAUGAAGUCAGGUCGCCGGACGCUGCUGGUGCUGCUGGACAGCGAAAAUUAUCCUGAUCCAGCCCUGAACCCAGCCCCCUCCCAAACACACACCCACCCCUCCACCCCCUGCAGCCACAGAGCAAUCUGCAGAGAAAGGAGACUGCUGGAAACACCCAAAUCCUUCAUCAGCAACAGGCUGAACCAGCCUGAGACAGGCAGAGAGGCUCUUCCUGCUCUGCUGCAGCCGCCUGCAGGGGAGGAGGAGGAGGGGGGGGGCUGUGAUGGGAGGAGAGACGCCUGUUUGCUCCUCUCUUCAGCAGGGGAUGAUGGGAGGAGGAGGAGGAGGGGUCUGGAUCUGGAGAUGGAGGGCUGUCAGGAAUCAGGCAGGGAUGAGAUGAAGCACGCUGCGACUAGAAAGUCCAGCAGUAACUCCAGGAAACGCCACAUUACUGAGGACAUCAAGAACAAAGAACUGCUGCAAGAAGUCCCUGCAAAGACGAGGGCCCUCAGAGCAAAGCUCUGCUAG